CGUCUGCCUUGACGCAGCCGCAGAAGAUGUUCCUGGUGAAGGUGUUUGUGGUUCCUUGUUAUGUUAUCUUUCUUGUCAAACUUGUCGGUGAUCAAACACCGCUCCUGUUUACUCAUGGUAAACUUAACGGACAGGAAGACGUGCCUGAAACACAGUCGUCGUGUCACCCAUCGCCUUCCUUGUGAGGACUCCCUCAGCACCCAUGGGAGUUGGAGGAGUCGCUCUUUAAUCCGGGACCUUUAACAGCAACUGUAUUGUUUGGCUGAGAUAGAUGCCGCCGGGCGUAUUAGCAGCAGUCAAGCGGAUCACGUCGCUUUUGUGUGUGUACACAGCCCGCAGGUAUGAACCAUGAGUCCAAUAAAUCACCAUCAUUAGGAAUGAUCUCCACAGCAACUCGCACCACGGCUACUGUCAGUCCCCUCAGCCCACUAACCAAUGGGAACGCAGUUGCCCAGUCUGCAAACUCCGGAUUCGCUGCUGCCCUACGCAAACUGGCCAAACAGGCAGAGGAUCCUAGAGGUUCUGCCGUCAGCGGUGAGUCGUCUCCAGUCUCUUCCCCGGCCACCAGCCACAGCUCGCCGGUCACCACACCUAAGCGGAGCUCUUUAGGGCCCCUCCUGGGCCAGACCAGGGGCCACGGUGUCCCCAACACCCCUCCGGUAGUCACCAUUGCCCCCACCAAGACCAGCAGCGGCCUGUGGAGGGCCGACGGACGACAGGUAGAGCCGAGUGUUCAGGGACUUGGCAGGGAGCGGGUCAGUGUUGAGAACACCCAGCAACAACAGGAUAAGAGGACACCAUCUGCCCCAUCACCUCACUCCCUGGCUCACCCCUUUGGCCUCACCCCUAGCUCCGUCAUGCAAGACCCCAGAUUACAGAGCCUUAGUAUGCCCGGGCAGAUGCACCCCGUGGUUCCUUCGGGUGCCGUCCCAGAGGAGUACCUGAGAGCACUUCGGCCCUUCGCCACCUCAGAUGACCUCCGGCUGACCUCUUUACCCCUGAGUCUUGAUCCUGCUGCUGCUGCUGCCCACGCUGCAGCUGCUGCUGCUGCUUACUAUCAUCCUGCCUACUUGCACCACCCGCUGUCCUUACCAAGGAUGGAGGAGUCUCUGUGUCUUUCUGCGCUGCGCUCGCAGUUCUACUCUGUUCCUGCAGGGGGCGCCUUCCCUCCUCUCCACCCCUCUGCCCUCCACUUGCACCUGCCUGGAGGCCGCUACCCCGGUGAACUAAAUCACACAGCACUGGCUGAGAGGCUACAGAUGGAGAAUGAGCUCCGCCAGCGUGAGAGACAGCAAGAGCGUGAACGAGAGAAAGAAAGGGAGCGUGAGGCAGGGCUGGAACGAGAGCGGGAGCGCGAGAGGGAGCGAGAGAGGGAGGAGGAAAGGGGGAGAGAGCGGGAGAGAGAGCUGGACAGACAGAAGGAGAGGCAGAGGGAGAGACAACAGCAGAUGGUCAGAGCGGCGGAGGGCCACUACCUGGCUGAGCUGCAGGCUCGGAGGGCACCACCAGAGGACAGGGCCAGGCCAGGGGAGAGGCUGACCCCGAACAGACUGGAUAAAACCAAGGACUCAGAGCACCCAGGUUUCCCAGCACCCAAACCUCUGUCUCUGCAGCCUGGCCUUAACUCCUCCAGGGGCUCUAUCCCACACCCAGUACCCAGCCUGGUGCCUUCUCACCUGGGGAAGCAUCAUGCUGGGGGGAUCCAUGGAGCUGUGGCAGCUGCCAUGAUGACUCAGAGGGCAAGCGAGGUGGCGUGGUUAGCACGGCAGCGAGGGCAAGGUCAGGAGAGGGAGGGUCCGCUGGAGAUGGGCCUCAGGUCACCUGGGAAAGUGGCAGAGCCAAGGAGAGACAGCUACAGAACCAGUUCAGUCAGUCACAACCCAGGCAACAAGGAUGUACCUCCAUGCCUCGGUGCUCCACCUCCCCUCAUCUCCCCUAAAGGUCCCCAUCACCCCCCUGUGCCUCUGACUACACUGUGGAACCCAGCCUCCCUUGUUGACACUCCUGCAGACUCCCGCAGAAAACUCAACCCUCCCACACCGCCAAGUCGGCCACCUCCUGGCCUUACCAGAGCUGACAAACCACCCCUAAGCUGGGGGGAGAGGCUGGAGGAAGGGGCCACGGGGAGGGUAGACGGCACAGAGAGGUAUCCCUCACUGAGAGGAACUAGUUUACAAGAGUUAAGCUCCUGGAACAAAGCAGAGCAGGACAGAACCAUCCAAAGUCUCUAUCAUCGGCAUCACAUCAACAACCUCCACCAGAGACCCUGCAUGCCUCCUGAUCUCGGGGGGCAGUGCCAAGCGGCCUUUCUGUCUCCGGCAAGGGAGCAUCACAGUCUGACUGUGACGCCUGACAGCAUGCUGGUGUAUGACGAGGUUCUCCAGCAGCACCGCCGGCUACUCAGCAAACUGGACCUGGAGGAGAAGAGGAGGAGGGAGGCCCGAGAGGGAGGUUAUUACUAUGACCUGGAUGAGUCAUAUGAUGAGAGUGACGAGGAGGAGGUGAAAGCCCAUCUGAGAAGAGUGACAGAACAGCCUCCACUCAAACUGGACACAUCCUCUGAGAAAGUGGAUUUUCUGCGUGUGUGUGGUCUGACCACGCUGGCCCAUCGCGAUGAGCUUCUGGCGCGGAAGAGGAGGAAGAGGAGGAGGAUGAUGAGAGAGCGCAGCGUCUCUCCACCAGCCGUGCAGGGCAAGAGAAAGGCCUCUUCACCUUCAGCUCCUACAGCUCCCUUAACUACCCCGUACUCUGCCGAGCAGAUGGACAGCACCCCUGAACUGGAGGAGAAAAAAGACUUCCUCCUUAUGUUCAACCUCUCCCAUGUCAGCCCACAGCAGCGGAGAGAUAAGGAGAGGACAGAGGAGCUGCUGAGGGCCAUUCAGAAGAAAACUGUGACGUUAGACACACUCAGAUAUAAUCCUUUACCUCCAUGUAGCAGUCCUCCUGCUCCCUCAAAUGGUGACCCCUCAUCAGCCCCUCUGUCGUGUCAACCGAACGGGCAUCUGUACCCAGACUCUCCCAGCCCCUCCCCUCCCUACCUACACAAAUCUAAGCAUCUCCUCCAUAAGGACACGUUCAAACCCUCCAUGGACGCUCACGUGGCCCGCAUCCCUCCACCCUUGGCCCUUCAUCGUGAAAAGGCUGAAUUGGUGGAGGCUCAGCCAAGCAGGAAGCACCAGGGCCUCCAGAAUGGCAUUGUUGCUUCUGCCCAGAAAAAGGAGCCCAGUCCUGUGCAGAAUGGACAGAAUCGGCCUUUGGAGAGGUUCACACCUGAGACCUUUGCUCAGCACUUCCACCAGGCUGUGCUGCAGUCCACACACAACACGCUGCAGAAUAAAGGGGUGUCAAAUUACAUCCCUGAUGCCGGCAUGAAGAGCGACCGCUUGUUGCCUCAUAGCAUCUCUCAUCUGAAAAGUUCGAAGCCUAAUCAUGCCUCUCAGCACGCACACAUCAAUGGCCAUCACUUCCAUUUGCCUGCAGCCAGCAUGGACACAGCAGGACCACGGGAAGACCUGUCAGAUGAGGACGAGGAAGAGUCUGGUCAGGAGGAGGAAGAUGAGGAGGAGGAGAUGGAGGAAGCUCCAAAGAAGUGGCAGGGGAUUGAAGCUAUUUUUGAGGCCUACCAGGAGUAUGUGGAUGAAUGGAGUAUAGAGAGACAGGUUCUUCAUGGUCAGUGUAAAAGACUUGAAGCACAGAACUACAACCUGACCAGAACUGCGGAGCAGCUCUCUCUCACUAUGGGAGAGCUGGUGAGUCAGAGGCAGAAAGUGAGAGAGGAGAGGGAGAGACUUCAGGCACAGCUCGAGCACUUCAGGAGAUGUUUGACACUACCCAGCAUUCACUGGGGCAGGGGGCAAGUCAAUGGGCACACGCCGAGGUGACCUCUCAGGUGCACCCCAGACAGCAAAGGAACAGUAACGAGAACAAGAUGGACUGGAGCCAGACCACUCUCUGCACUUGAAGCACUUGAAGAAGCCAGUCCUCGUCUUGUCACCCUUCUGGCCAGUCAGUUCUUUGACUGCUUCCAGAUUCAACUGAUUACCUGCCACAGUAAACAAUGGUGACCAUAUAGUCUGGGCAUUCACACACACUCUCUCUCUCUCAUUCUGCCCAUAGAUUGUAACAACACCGUGUAGGUGAGGCAGCAUCUUCAUCAGGGUGACACUAACCAUGCCCACUAGUCCCUGAGACGGCUUUAAGGACUUUCCACCAUUUAGCUCAUAUCAGAGCAUUUUUACAUAAACUGUAUUGAUCCAUGCUAAUGAGAUGUAUCACUCGACACAAAUAUGUAGCCUCUCUGGACAGCAAUGAGAAGAGACUUCAUGUGUGCAGUGGUCACUUGUUUAAUACUCAGAGAAUGAAAAUUGAGUCAAGGAAUCAAAGCACACCUCAGGCCUUAAACUUGAUUGGAUGCACUUGAAAUGGAAUUGGAGGAAAUACUUUACUGUCCUCUGUGUUGUAUAACGUAGUGUCUACUGAGCACCGUAUCUGAUGGAUGACGUAGUUUGUGUGCUGGUGGAGGUUCUGCAGAGAAUAGGAAACAUUUAAAGAUAUUAUCUAUAUAUUGGCAAAUGGUAUCAACAACGUUUUUUGAGGUUUAGUACAUUUUCCAUUGGUUAAGUCACUCACGAAGAAAUUUGGUUGUAUUGUUUUAACCAUUUCUUGUGGGAAGCCAUAUGUUUUAUUUGAAUUGCUGCUGGUCAGAAUAAAAAUGUUUAGAAAAUGAAGGAUGUUAGGACAGUUGUAUUUGAAAAAUGUUAUGUGAUGUCAAAAAUGUUCGAGGGCUUGACCAGGAGGGACAUGGAUGACACUGUGGCAAAUAUCAGUCUUUGUCUCACAGCAGCGUCAAGUUGUCGUGACUGCAGAUAAGGUGGUUUAUUGCGGUGUCUGUGUCCUAAGUUCCUCUACAUGCCUAUAAAUAUUGACAAAACCUGAAGAGAAUAACAGCUGUGAUUUUUAAAGGCCUUUUUCAUCAUUCUGCAUGUUUUUUUAAGAUGAUUUGCAUCACUUGAGUGAAAUGACAAUAUUUUUAGGCAUACUGGUCCGAUCUUACAAAUAUUUUCCCCUAUUUGAAGGUGAUUUAUUGUGGCAUCAUUGUGAAAAACCAAGUUUAACUGAUUUUAAUGAGGAAAUGAAAAGCCAAAUUUUUCUUCAGUUCCAUUUCAGCGCUGUGUCAAAAUUACUAAAUGGCAUCUUUUCUCUUGUCUAUGGGUGACAUACACAUAGGGAUGACACAAUCCCUCUGUGGAUAACAAUAAACUACUCCGUCUCUGGUCUUUUGAUGAGAUUUAAUUUUGUUCAAGUCAGAUAAAACAACAGCUUAAAUUCAUAAUUCCUGCCUCUUUCUUUCCCUCUUAAUGUUAAAAUCCCAGGAGCCCUUUCCUUCAAGCACAAGCUACAGUAGCAAUGUCUGAAAAUCACCUCCUGCAUCAUCUGUUCUGUCUCCUCCUGCAUAUUUGUUUCAAUCAGUUGUUAGGUAAUGUAUUAUUUGGGAUGUAUAAUUGUGAUGAAUUAUUUAUUAACAUAUAUUGCUGUAAAUUCUGAUGGAAAUUUACAUUAAAAUGUUUGUAAAAUGU